GGCGGGGUCCGCGUGAUGGAACCAGAACCUCCCCGAGGCGAGCUCAUCCCUCCUCUGCCCCCUCCCUCCAGCCUGGCCCCGCGUCGCUGCCCGAGGACCCGGCGAGACAGUUCCGCUUCGGGCCGAACCGGGAACUACAUUUCCCGGCAUACACUCGCGGAUCCCCGGAGAUGGGGCCUGCGGCGGAAGAGAGAUCUGAAAGGUUUAUGUCAUUUCCUGUGCGCGACUGGGCCCACGUUUUGCGGUCGUGAGUGGAAGCCUGAAGCGACGUCAGGUUUCCGGUUUCGCGCGACGGAAGUCGCGAAGCGCGGAGUCGAGGUCGCGAUGAGCUGUGUAGUGUUUGAGCCGGCGCCUGGGGUCGCCCGGGCGCUGAGGUUUGUGCGCUGGGUUUCCCAAAGCCCGCACCCGCCGUCCAGUGGCCGGGCACGGGCCCAGCCGGUGGCCAAGGGGGAGGAAGAGGACGACUUUAACCGGCCUAUCCAGUUUUCCUCCAGCAAAGCCAACCCGCCCCGCUGGACGGUAGAGCAUUCCCUGGGAAGGGUACAGCAGCGGGCUUGGUGGAAAGUGCUGCCCCUGAGUAUCUCCUUCCUCGCUCUGUUCGUCUGGUGUUUUCUGAGGCAGGAGAGCAGCUCGGACGAGUGUUCGACUGGUGUGCUGGGAGAAGAGACAGAGCCCAGUGAUCGCUCCUAGGAGCCUGUUACUGGCAACUGGGAGAGAACUUAACGGAGUGCCCCCUGGGGCUUCCGGGAAGGCAGCAGGCACUGUCCUUCGGCUUUGAUGUCGCGUUUGACCUUUUCUGCCCUGGGUAUGCGUCCGUCCCCAGCACUGAAGGGCUUGAUGAAUGGCGCACUGAAGGCAGGGUAGUCUCAGCAGAUGGAAACCUGUGCCUUGCCUAGUACUUGAUGCCUAGUAAAUCAGUCCAAGAGACGUUUCAGACGCAGAGGAAAGGUUUUGUUUCCAGUGUGUGGUGUUAGAUUUGCGAUGUCUUCUGUGAAACAUGUCCCUAAAGACACUUGUAAUGCAGUGUUACUUUUCAGGUCAUCUGGCUUCUGAGUCACAGUAACCGGCGGAAGUGUUACAUUUUUGAGCUCAUAACAUACUAAGGUGUGUGUAAAUAACAUCUAUUGAUCUUUUACACACUUAACAAAUUGAAAAUAAAUUUGGUGGCAUGAAA